AUGUCGAAUAAUAUGACCGCGCAAGAGAUGACGGAGCGAGAUAUGGUAGCGGCGCGAAUGCAGACUAGUGUCCAGGUCGCCCGUGUCCGAGACUACUUAUAUGGCGGUUCCGAGGGGUGGAAGCUGCAUGAGAAGCUGGUGAAGGUCGUAUCCAGCGAUGCGAUCUUCGACAAGUCCAAAAGGCCUUUCAUGACCCGAAAGGAACGUUAUGAACGUGCAAUCAAUAUGACCAACAGAUUAUACGAACUGCAGGACAUCCAUAGCUGGUCCAAUGACGAGACCGCUGUCGCCCUUAACAUAAUAGACGAGGAAGUCCCUAUGCAUCUACAUUUCGCGACGUUCGAACCCGUCUUCAUGGAUCAGUGCGGGCCAGAGCUCCGCCACAAGUAUGGGGACUUAAUUAUGAACAGAGGGAUCCAAGGAUGUUACCUCCAGACCGAAUUAGGCCACGGGACGAAUGUGGGCUCUCUCGAGACAACUGCAAGAUAUCUGCCCGAGACGAAGGAGUUUGAAAUUCAUUCCCCUACUCUGACCAGCAGCAAAUGGUGGGUAGGCUCCCUGGGCAAGACGUCUACGCAUGGUGUCGUGCAGGCAAAGCUCAUCAUGCCAGAUGGCCGAGACAUGGGUCCGCAUCUCUUCUUUGUGCAGUUACGCUCUCUUGAAGAUCAUACACCAAUCCCAGGAAUCACUCUCGGGGACAUUGGCCCCAAGGCGAUGGGAGGAUAUUGCGGAGUCGAUAAUGGUUUCGCGCGAUUCGACCAAUUGCGGAUACCGCGAGAGAACAUGCUCUCAGAAUACUCGCGAGUGACAGAAGACGGGCAAUAUGUCAAGCCUGUGCACCCGAAGAUCAGCUAUGGCGGAGUAUGUUACAUUCAUUCAGAAUUGGAGAAAGGCGCCUGGGUCAUAGGCAAAGCCUCUACAGUGUCUAUACGCUAUUGUACUGUUCGCCGGCAGAGCAACCAGGAUAAUGACGGCCUAGAACAGCAAGUCAUCUCCUACCCCUCUGUUCAUUUUCGCCUCCUGCCCGUUCUCUCCCAUGCGUACGCUUUCAUCUUGAUUGGGAGAGAUCUAAAAAAGCGACUGUCGGUCUUCAGCGCCCGCUUGGCCACAGGUGACACCUCCACGGUGCAGGAAAUGCAUAUCGCCACCAGCAUGCUCAAGAUCCUCGUAGCAUCUAUGGGCGCGCAGGACAUCGAGACCGUUCGGCGUUCGAUGGGGGGACAUGGGUUCAGCGAGUUUGCGGCGCUGGGCAGAUAUUAUGCCGACUGGCUGCCUGUUGCAACGUACGAGGGUGACAAUUACGUGCUGGACAUUCAAGUCGUCCGUGCCGCCCUCAAGUGGUACCGUGCCCUCCAAGCAUCUGAACACCCGACUGCAUCUUCAUUGCCUCCAUCUUCAGCAUAUCUCCGUUUACUCCUGCCAGAGUUCAGUACUAUCACCGGAAGUACACCUGCUUGGCUCGAUCCGAUGGUUUCAAUCAACCUAUUAGAACGCCGAGCAGCCGUGAUGGUCGAGAAUCGCGCCUUGCACGAGAAAGACCCAGACGCAAGCAUGGACAAUCGUGUUUCCCGAGCAGCGGCGGAGGCAUAUUUCGCCACCAAGAUAGGUGCCUUGAUUGAGAAUUUGUCACGCUCUUUGCCGCCACAGGAGGUCGCCGUUGGUCUUCUCGCGCUGGUUGAAUCUGGAAUAGGCGACAUUCUCUCCUUCAGCCUGUUGCCGUCAGCAGAUGGAGAAGACGCCACCAGAGGUCUGCGGAUGGCCAUCAAGCAGAUAUGCGCAGAGCUACUCCCAGAGGCUAUUGGCCUGACGGAUGCUUUUGGCUUCACAGAUUGGGAGCUCGACAGCGCACUGGGCGUUUUUGACGGGAAUGUGUACGAACAUUUGUGGGCAAAGGCUCAAACCGAACCGCUCAAUGCGACUGAAGUCACAGAGGGCUACGAGGCUUCUAUCAAACCUAUGUUACAGCGCGGACAGCGUAUUGUGGCGUCGAGCAAGGCCAAGUUGUAGCCGGACCGCCGUGUUUGAGUCUCGAGAUCUGCUUUAUCUGCAUCUGUAUCAGUAUACACAUGAUUACGCGUGUAAUCUGUCCCU